GUCUAUUCAAAAUACUGGGCAGAAAGCGUCGCGUUUGGAUUGCGUCAUAAUUCCUGGCCGCGCUUGUUUUUGAGCCAGUGACGCUGAGUAAUUUGUAGUCGGAGGUUUCACUCACCGCUCAAACAGGAUCUCACUCUGUGGUAUCCCAGGAUGACUGGGGGCGUGAAGGUGCUGCUGCUUCUGUCUAUGUGUCUCGUGGUGUGGACAGUGCCAAUAGACCGCAAACAGGACCCUCCCGAGGAGGAGAAACCAGAGGAGAAUGCGGAUACUGGGCUGUACUAUGACCGUUACCUCCGAGAGGUGAUCGAGGUGCUGGAAACAGACCCUCACUUCAGAGAAAAACUCCAGUCUGCCAACACAGACGACAUCAAGAAUGGACGCCUCAGUAAGGAGUUGGAUUUGGUGGGCCACCAUGUGAGGACGCGACUGGAUGAGUUGAAGAGGCAGGAAGUGUCCCGCCUCAGGAUGUUGCUGAAGGCUAAACUGGACAGCACCAACGCACAGAGUGUCCAGAUGGAUCAUGCCUCCUUGUUGAAGCAGUUUGAACAUCUGGACCCUCAUAAUCAGAACACUUUUGAGGCCAAAGACUUGGAGCUGCUUAUCGUUACGGCCACUAAAGAUCUUGAGAAUUAUGAUGCAGAACGUCAUGAGGAGUUUAAGCGCUACGAGAUGCUGAAAGAGCAUGAGAGGAGGGAGUACCUGAAGAGUUUGGACCAGGAGAAGAGAGAGGAGGAGGAGAAGAGAAUCCAGGAGCUGAAAGAAAAGCACAGACAACACCCUAAAGUUAACGCUCCGGGUAGCGUGGAUCAGUUGCGGGAGGUCUGGAAAGAGACAGAUGGGCUUGACCCACAGGAGUUCAAUCCCAAGACAUUCUUUAAGCUCCACGACACGAAUGGUGACGGAGUGUUGGAUGAGCAAGAGCUGGAGGCCCUCUUCACAAAAGAGCUGGAGAAGGUGUAUGAUCCUAAGAAUGAAGAGGAUGACAUGAUGGAGAUGGAGGAAGAGAGGCUAAGGAUGCGGGAACAUGUCAUGCAAAACGUCGAUCUCAAUCGUGAUCGACUGGUCAGCCUGGAAGAGUUCCUCAAAUCUACGGAGAAGAAAGAGUUCAACAACCAAAACGAAUGGGAGACACUGGAUGAUACAAAGCCAGUGUACACCGAAGAGGAGCUGCAGCGCUUUGAGGCAGAACUUCAGGAUAAGGAGAUGGAGCUCGGCAGAAGGGCGGAGAAAUUACGACAGGAGCAGGAACUUCUCCAAGAGAGAAGCAAAGCUCUAGAAGCCCAGAAACGAGAAUAUCAGCAGGCCGUAAAGGAGAUGUCACAAAAACAAAUGGAGCAACAGGCAGUGAACAGACAGCCCCCCUCAGGUCCUAAUGGAGAGCUCCAGUUUCAAGAAGAGAUGCAGAAACUCGCAAAUGAAGACAGUCAAGGGGUGAAAGUCCCAGUCGCUCAGAAUAACCUGCCAGCUGAGCCACCACAGAAUCUGCCUCAGCACACCUCCUAACACAUACGCACUUCUACCUGAUCUAAAAGUGUCCACAACCCGCCUCUUGAAUUGUUCAGAGCACAUACUCAUACAAGCCUACUGACUUAACCUGUUCUUAUUCUAUUCUCUUAGCUUUACAUAACCAGACAAGAACAACAAUUAGCAGGAUACACUCCUCAAAUACAUACUCGUGGUGUUUUCUGCUUCAUAUUUAACCAAAUAUGCUCAAAUCUUAAAUGCAGUGGCAUCAAUCUAGAUGGUUCACUUGUUUCCUUCUAAAGAAUGGCUAAUAUUGGAUAUGUGGCUUUGUAUGCGGGUAGUCUGGGUUUUGUUACUUUUGCCCUGGUUUCAAAGUUUAAUGUGUUUAACUGGUGGUUCACAUUAUGUAAGAAAAACCUUAUAGACAAGGCUUUCUGAUUUAAGGUUUCAAAUAGACUCUGGACGGGUACAGAACUGUAAAUCAAACAUAUUCCCAUACAGCAAUGUGCAAUGAAUCUACUUUUUUCUGUGUAAUAUUCAAUCUCACUGAUUCCGUGACAGUAUUUUUUUCAUUUAAUAAAGGAUAUUUAAGAAAAUAUGCAACUGUCGGAUUUUAAAUCCUGUAAAAUAAUGUGGUUUGUAUUAAAGGGAUGUUAAAGAA